AUGCACGAAGUCAACCGCCUGCUCCAGGCCGCCGCUGCCCUCUCCUGUUUGCUCCGCGACGCUGGCGUUCCGCACGCCUUCCAUGGCAGUGUCCUGACCGCCGUGCUGUCCAGAGCACCGCUCGCUGAUGAGAUCUGCUGCAUCGUGGAAGGUGGGACCGUCCACCCAUUCCGACGCGUACGGCAGGCUCUCGCAGGGAACGAAGAGUUCUUAGUGGUCGCCUCGCCGUGGAGCAACCGCUUGCACGUGAAAUACACCCGGCUGAUUCCACCCAUCGACAUCGAAAUCCUCCCCGCGGGGGAAGACGGUCCGCGGAAACUGGAUGCCUCUACGGCAACGACACUGGGAGGCGUGCCGUUCCUGACCGUAACAGAGUUCAUCCGCGCCAAGAUUAAGGCGUGGUCGAUACGUGGGUUGGAGCGAGACGCACAAGACAUCGUGUUUGCGCUAUCGCGGCACUGGAACCGGGUCGAUCUGAACCGCAUCCCAGAGCAGGAGAUGAACGAGUUUGCAAAACGCUUCCCUGCGGCGGGGACGCCAUGGCAGGAGCUGAAGCGGAAAUACGGCAUGUGCGUCUAUGGCCUCGUGCCGUCCGUUCUUCUCCUGCCCCACUGA